AUGGCCACUUCUUCCGACGCCGCGCCGGCCACCUGUAAGGUUGUGCUCUCUAAGAAUGUCGUUGCCAGCCUCCUUGCUGAGGUUCAGGAAGGGGUGAACACGUUGGAGAAGCCCCCUCAUCUGGUGGGAUUCUUGGCCAACAAUGACCCUGCGGCACUCAUGUAUGCCCAGUGGACUGAAAAGACUUGCGAAGAAAAUGGCUUCCGCUAUUCUCUCCGUCAAGUCGAGCGCGAAGAUCUCGAGGAGGCUAUCCUAGCUGCCAAUGUCGACUCGGACGUUGACGGCAUCAUUGUAUAUUACCCCAUUUUCAACAACCGGCAAGACCAGUACUUGCAGCAGCUUGUCGAUGUAUCCAAGGAUGUAGAGGGUCUAAGCCAUCGUUACAUCUUCAAUAUGUACCAGAAUAUCCGAUACCUCGAUCCAGAGACCAAGCGACAGAAAUGUAUUCUCCCUUGUACACCCCUCGCCAUUAUCAAGAUCCUCGAGUAUCUCAAAGUCUACAAUACGAUUUUACCCUAUGGCAACCGUCUUUUUGGACACACUAUCUGUGUAGUGAACCGGUCGGAGGUUGUCGGUCGGCCGCUGGCGGCUUUGCUGGCAAACGACGGAGCCUGCGUCUACAGCGUGGAUGUGACCGGUAUCCAAAAGUUCACUAGAGGUGAAGGUAUCAAAAAGCGCAGACACGAGGUCCACGACUUGGAAGGCAAGACACUGAACGAUGUGGUACCUCUGUGUGACGUCGUCAUUUCUGGCGUCCCCGGGGACAAAUACAAGUUCGAUACUAGCCUCCUCAGAGAGGGUGCUGUGUGUCUCAAUUUCUCGAGUGAGAAGAACUUCGGGCCUGAAGUCAAGGAAAAGGCCUCUAUCUUUAUGCCUUCCACUGGAAAGGUGACAAUCGCCGUUCUGCUCAGAAACCUACUAAGACUCAUCCAGAACCGGAGAUUGGAUGACGUGAAGCCUGCUGAAGCCACCGAGCGCCCCGGCACUCUGGAAGCUGCCACCUAA